AUGUCCUUUUGGGUAAUCUCCGAGUGCGAGUACGUACGCGCGUACUGGCAUUCUCAUCUCCAAGAGUGGCCCGUCACUCUCAUCACACUUCCUUUCUCCAUCUCUUCAGCCAAUUUCGACCAUGACUUCCUCGUAUCUCGAGAUUGUUUUAGCUACCGGCGGCCGUGCCAAUAUUACAUGCCACCUUGGGACGGAUGGUGGUCCCUAGAGGCUCUCUUGGGAGUUCCACUCGAUAUCUUCUAUAUGAUAAGUUUCACGUGGGUGGGGAUGGUCUGCCUCCUCUAUCCAGUCAAGCGCUUCGCGAAUCCAGAUCCGAAUGGUGACAGCUUUACCGUGAAAAACGAGUUCAUGGGAGUGUUCUUUACGCCAAGGUCGUACUGGUUCAUAUACCUUGACUUUGCGCUCCAGCAUCCAGUCCGACUAGUCAACAGGAUGCUGUUUGAAUUGGUUGCGGAGGGUACUAAGAGAGCUUUGGGUCAGUGGAGGCAGCGAGAUCUGUAUGGGAAGGCUGAUGGAAGUGACCUCGGGAGUACGAGCGACAUAUCCGCGUCGCGCACCCUUCGCACCGGCUCGCCUCAACCCUGUUUGAACAGCGAAAACAUUGCCUACACACGGUGGCCGGUAGCUGAAGAACUCUACGAGAAUCCAUAG